UUUUGGCGGGCUUAAUGGUCCGGUCCACUGCGCCCUUGCUACUGCUCUCAGGUUGGCUCAUUACGUUAAUACAUGGAGAAGUCGAGCUAGUGCUAUAACUGAACCUUUUUUCUAGCACUCAGAGCGAUCGGGCAACUUCCCGAAGGAUAGUUGACUGUCUAGUCACAUUUAUAACCAUAACUGCCUUUGUGCUCAGCCUGUCAAUUUUUUUCUCUUCUGGAUUCAUCAUUCGAUGUUUUUCUCCGGGUCUUCACUUGCUGUCUUCAUUGACAGCAACCACUCACCUUCGUAUGAUGGCGCCAUGUAUCUUUCUCGCGGCGUUUAACGUUAUAAGCAUGGCUCGACUGACAUCAAUAUCCCAGCUUGGACUAUCAGUGUUUACACCAGCAAUUUCCAGCCUCACGAUUGUUGCUGUCAUAUCACAGCAGUUCAUUACAGAUAUUUUUAGAUUUUGUAAAGUACCGUCUUACUUAUACAAGGCGGAAAACUUGCUUGCUCUUGGUAUGUGUUCCUGUUCGAAGAAGCUGGAAAUAUGAUUCUAUUAGAGCAACAUGACAGGCACAUUACUUGGCUCAUUUUUUCAAUACGUUUUACUUCGUGUAUUUUCAAGAUCGCAUUAUAAAAGUGGCAGCUUUCUUUUAAGUAGCUUGGCUUCCUGUGGUUCGCAGGGUUUGCGGGCUUCUUUGAGUAUGUUGUUACAAGCGUGCAUGACUUCUGGGAUGCUUCAGAUUGCUUCGAGUACGGAUACCUU